AGCUUUAAUCUCUGUGUUCCUAUAAUAGUUAAGGGGUUUAGGUCUGUUAUAAUUCACUUCCCUCUUCUAUACUAUAUUAGUGAAAACCCCUACCCUAGUAAUAAUAAUGAGAAAGUCCUUUGUAAAGCUAGUAUAUAUACUUGGAUAUAG